AAAUCUGUGUCGUCUGCAUCAAGACGCGUAUCAUUGGUUGGUUGCUAAUGAAAUGACUCGCUCUUGAUUAGUCAUGGAAAUUAUUAUUCUUAUCAAACGAACAGUGGUGAAGUGUGAUUGAGUGAACCAAGUUGGCUAGUUGGUAUGCCUAGUACGAUGCUACAAUGUGGACAGAAGGAAUUAGGUUUGUACGUUGUGUGCGUAGUUUAGUAUGUUUGCGUAUGGUGUGGUUUGGUGUGGUGGAAGCAUGAAGACUUGCAGUUGUGACGAAUGCGUAUACUAAGAUACCAGAUAACCUUGUCGCUCAUGGCUGACUGCAGCGAUGGCAGCUGUUCCAGGAAAGAGAAAGCCACCCACACCACCAAAACCCCCAUUAUUAGGCCAUUUGGCAGGACCAGCUUUAGUAAUCCACGGUGAUUCUUACAAAGGAAGAUGUGACAGCAGAUUGCAAGGGGGAGGAAGGGCCAAGGAUGACCACAUUUAUGAUGAAAUUGUCAGUGCUUGCAAGGAAACAGCUGUUGAGAAGAAGACUGAUGUGCACAAAACUAAGCCUGCUGAAGCCCUGGAUGGCAUGCUUGGUGCAGCAACCAGAGAAAGGACUCAGUGUUGUGAUGUGAUGAAGUGCAGUAUUGACAAACCAUCAGUGAAACCUCCACUUUUACCGAAACCUCAAACGUCACCAAACAUUCAUACCACUUCUCCAAAUCUUGGCUCAAGACCGCUCAUUCCUGCACGUUCCAAUCUAGUCCCGUCAAUAGCAACAAAUGGCAAAGAACUAGCUGUUCAUUCUAAAAAAAAGAAACCACCAUCUCUCAACUCAGCAUCUACAAAUAACCGUGGACAAAUUGCAAACAGGAGAUUUCCUCUUCACAUUAAGGCUCCAGUUGCAAAAUUGGAAGAAUUUGAGGGUUUUUCUGACACUGUAAAAAGUGACAGCCCUGUUCGACCCCCACGCUCACCCAAACAUCAGUCCUUUAAAGGAGAACCCUUUAAGGGUUUUGAUGAAAAACCUCAGUUACCACUGAAGAGAAAAGAGUGGAAUUGUCAUGCAACUCAUGCUGUGCCAGGGUCUGGAUCCAAUUUUGAAGCACUGCAGAUGCACUGGCAAACUACGAAAGAGAAGAGCGCAAGCUUGGGGAGAACUAAUGCUUUCAGGUAUGUUGAAGCAAAAGCUAAGAGUGCUAGUUUGGGAAGGAACAUGCCUGCAGACUUUGCAUCAUAUCUAGUGAACCAAGAAGAGUCAUGUAGUUUAGGGAACAAGAAUACACCUGUUCCACCUCCACGUCAGAAGAAGAAACAAUGUGGACAUCCUCAUAGUAUUCCUCUUUAUGCAGAAGUGAAUUACAGUUUGAAGAAAAACCGCAGGCAGACAGCUGAAGAACGAAAAGAAUGUUCUGACUGUGUCAUAGAUGCUGAUGAUGCAGAGGUACAGGAACAGAUGGCUGUAAUUGAAGGAAAGUUAAUUCUACCUGGACCAAAGAAUGAGAGUUCAGUUAGUAAAGUAGAAAAAAUUAUUACAGAAGCAUGUGAGAGCUUUGAGAAAAACAGGAUUUGUCAGAACAUUGAAGCUAUGAAUGAACCAAAUGAGACAGAGGUUGUGAAGGAAGUAGGUGUACGUGGAAAAGAAGUUAAUGUAGUGGAUGAGUGUGAAACAUUGAAUUCAUUGCACUUAGACAAUGAUUGUGUAAUCUCACAAGAUAAGGUUUUAAAUACUAGUGACUUGGAUUUUACGAUCACAGAUAACAAUGAUUGUGUUAGUCAUAUUUGUUCAGUAGACAACAAGACUUCAGUAACAAGUGGGAACAUUUCACCAGUCGUGGAGCUUGAGGUAAAAUUACCUGCAAAGGAAUCUUCAACUUCAAGUUCAUUGCUUGUGGAGACUGAAGUGCACUCUCUUGCCGAGAAAUCUUUAAUUACAAGUCCAUUCUCUGCACCUGCAGAAGAAAAACACAGCGAUUCAUAUCUGGAAUGUUCUUCAGCAGAGGCUCAAGAAGACUUGAAACCAGGCAAUGUAAAAUGGCAGUCAUCCAAGCUUUCUGUUUCUGGGAGUGAUCUUGACAGUGCUGAGCAUCGUGCUGUUGAGGGGAACAGUUCUGAGUUGUAUCAUAUAAUAUAUUCAAGAAGUGAAAAGUUUUCUGAAAGUGAAGUGGCAGUUUUCACAAAUACUGAGUCUGUAGACAGUGUGAAGGAUAACAGUGAUAUAUCUGUGAAUAAUGCUGUAGAUAAUUUUGAGGUUAAGUGUAAUGAACAAGUCCUUGUGAAAGAGAGAGAUGUAAUUUCUCUGGUAGAUGCUGAUGUGUCUCAGAAUGCAGGCAGUGAUGAUACAGAGUAUAGGUUAUUAGAAGCUUCAUUACUAGUGAAGAGAAAACUGGAAAUGAAAGAAUUAGGUAAGCUACCCCGACGGAGGCUGUCAUGGAGUAAUUGGAAAGAUGAUUCACCUUCACCUGAGACAACUCUGCACCGCCUUCCCUGUGCACAUAAGCAUAAGUCAAAGACACAUUCAUUGUGGUGUGAUGAAGGGGAACUUUCUAGUGGAGUGCUGGGUGACUUGGAUAGCUCAGACACUACAGCACGACAGAGUUCAUUUGAGGAGGUUGACCACACAGGUAGUGAUGCUGAGGAUAGAAGCAAUCUUGUGCAGAGUAAAUUAUCUACAUGGCUGGGUUCCUUUGGGAAGGGAAAUCGGAAGCAGAAGCUCAUAAGGGAUUCAAAUAGUCACUUUUACUGUGAUAGUCGAGAGAAUUUUGACCAAACGAAAAGGGAAGAGGAGCCAGAAAAGGAACAGAUUCCAGUUGUGGAAGUGACCGAAAGCGCAUCUGCAGAGAUACAAGAGAUUGAAGUUGGUGGAUUUAACUUCACUAUUCUUGAUGGUAGCAGACCACCAAGUGGGCUGAGCACAUUGAGUGCAUUAGAUACUGAUCAGAAAAGUGAUGUACCUGUGUCAGAAGAGAGUUUUGAAAUGUAUCACCAUUCAGAAUCAGAAAAUGAAACAGAAAUAAAUCCAGAGGACAGAGAUGAAAAUCAUUCUCAGGUAGAGGAAACGCGUCAGGAUAAAAAAGCAUUUUAUAUUGCUCAGGAACUGAUGACUUCUGAAAGAGCCUUUAUUGAUGUAUUGAAGCUUUUGAGUGUGGAUUUCAGGCAAGCAGUACAUGCAGUUGCAGCUAGACAAAGGUAUCCUGUUAUCCCUGAUGCAGAAUUAGAUAAGAUUCUCAAUAGCUUGCCUCAACUUCGGAGUCUGAAUGAAGAUCUGCUUCGUGAUUUGGAAAUCCGAAUAAAUAACUGGAACUCUAUUAAGAAGAUAGCAGAUGUAAUUGUUAGGAAGGGACCUUUCUUGAAACUUUACACAUCAUACAUUCAGAACUUUGAAUCACAGUGUAUUUACUUGGAUGAAUGCUGUCAGAAGUAUCACAGAUUUGCAAAAGUAGUGAAAGAGUUUGAAGCAUCUCCUCGUUGCCAGAAACUGUCACUGAAGCACUACAUGUUGAAACCUGUGCAGCGGAUUCCUCAGUAUCGCCUGCUUCUGGAGGACUACCUCCACCAUUUAUCUCCCUUCUCUCCUGACUUGGAUGACACUCGCACCGCAUUAAAAAUAGUUUGUGAUGUGGCUGAUCAUGCAAACAGGAGCAUCAAACUAGGGGAUCACCUUAGUAAACUUCUUCAGCUACAGUCCCAGUUGGGUAAUUAUGAGAUAAUCAAACCAGGGCGCAUGUUUCUUAAGGAUGGAGAGCUAUCCAAGCUAUCCAGAAAAGGCAUGCAACCACGCUACUUCAUACUGCUAAAUGACUGCUUGCUGUACACAUCUUAUUAUGGAUCAGUGCAGUCUUCUGGGCUAAAGGUGAACUACGAAUUACCACUGAGCAGCAUGAAAGUCAGCAUUCCUCAGGCAGAAGACUAUCGCAAUGAGUUCAGCAUCAUCAGUGUCAAACGGAGCUUUACUCUUUCUGCACGCUCUCUGAAUGAGCGACAGGAGUGGGUAGAUGCGCUUCAAAAAGCCAUAACAGACUACAAUUCUCGUCAGCUGUCCUUCCAAAACAUGAAGGUUACUUCAUCAGCUAAGAAUGAAUGUUCUUCAGAGCCAUUCAAACUUGGACAAGAGGCUCCUGUAUGGAUUCAGGAUCGUCGGGUCACUAUGUGUCAGUCUUGUACUGCCGAAUUCACUGUCACUUUUCGGCGACAUCAUUGUCGGGCUUGUGGAAAGGUUGUGUGUGGUGACUGCUCUGACUUCAGAGCACCUCUCCAGUAUAUGAGAUUCCAGUCGGCCCGUGUCUGUGAAGAAUGUCACAAUACACUUCUGAAAGAGGCCAGAGACCCAACAUCAGAAGUGAAUCAGGCAAUGAAACAUGAGCUGGGAAAUACAAUUAGCAUCAUGGAUGCUUUCAAGAGGCUUGGGCCUGUUAGUGGGAAGAGAGUAAAAAAGUAUAUACCACAACGACUAAAGGAGGUGACAGCUAAUGAUACUGGUUCACAGAUGAGCGGAUGGUUACAGCGAAGAUCCCGCCGCUCAUGGAAGCGGUUAUGGUUUGUUCUCAAGGAACAAGUUCUGUAUGUGUAUAAGGCUUCAGAGGAUGUGGUAGCUUUGGAAAGCAUUCCUGUUCUAGGUUAUGCAGUGGAACCAAUGAAAGAGAGGCACUUUCAACUGUAUGAAGGAAUUGAUGCAAAAUUUGUGUUCAAACUGGCACAUCCAGGGCAGCGUCCACUUAUUUUUCAUGCAGACAGUGAACACUUGGCCAACAGGUGGAUUGCAGCUAUGAGUGAAGCUACUGUUCUGAAAUGAACCAAAUAACAAUAAGUUUAGUUAGCUUUUAAAAAUGAUAUAUUUUGUUAAAUAAGUAUGUUAAAAUAUGUGUGACACAGUUUUUCUUUUGAAUUUAAUAUUAUAAUAUUUGUUGAGAUUGCAGAGAUUAGUACCGACAGUCAAUAUAUGGUACAGUAUUUGUAAAGAGAGGAAUGUUUAUAUUUCACAUUAACUUAUAAGGAAUGUUAUAUGUUUAGAAGUAGUUUACCUGCUUAAUAUGAAGAGUAUUACAAGCAUAAUGCUUUUAUUGCAUCACUUUAUGAAAUACUUUUUAACUUUUUUACUUACAAGAAGAGAAACACUAAAAUUAUAUAGUUAAAAAUAAAAUUCUUCUAUGCA